GUGAGGUGCGCCCUGACUGGCCACGAGCUCCCCUGCCGCCUGCCCGAGCUCCAGGUCUACACCCGCGGCAAGAAGUACCAGCGGCUGAUCCGCGCCUCCCCGGCCUUCGACUACGCUGACUUUGAGCCGCAUAUCGUGCCGAGCACCAAGAACCCGCACCAGUUGUUCUGCAAACUCACCCUGCGGCACAUCAACAGAUCCCCAGAGCACGUGCUGAGGCACACCCAGGGCCGCCGGUACCUGAAAGCCUUGCAGAAAUAUGAAGAGUGUCAGAAGCAAGGUGUAGAGUACGUCCCUGCCUGCCUGCUACAGAGGCGGCGGCGGAGGGAAGACCAGAUGGACAGCACCGGGCCGCCUCACCCAACAGCCUUCUGGGAACCUGCCACCAGUGAGGAAGGAGAAGAAGGCCUGAGUGAUGACAGCAUGGCAGACCUGUACCCACCUGAGCUCUUUACCACAAAGGACCUGGGACAGACCAAGAACGGGGACAGCAGUGACGUCUCGACAGAGGAUGAGCAGCCAGAGCCCCUCAGGGAGCAGGCCACUGGGGACAAGGGUCAGGGGACUGGUUUGGGAGCAGUCCGGAAGCGGAAGCGUGGCAAGAAGCAGGCAAGCUUGCUGAGAAAGAAGUUCAGGAGCCAUCACUGCAGACCGAGGAGCUUCGGCGCUUUCCAACAGGCGGGUCAGUGAUGGGCUGCGGGGAAGCCCGUCUUAGACUGGGACAGCGCCAGGUACUUCCCCUCCUGUGCCUCUUCAAGCCGCCAUUGUCCUCUGAGCUAGCCAGUGUCCCCAGUGUCCGGCCAUCCACUCCUGGUCUCAGGACACUUUUGCUCCUGAGCAGGGCAGAGGGCAUCUCUUCAGCAGGGGCUGGCCUAUGUGCAGGACACAGCUGCUAGGUGGCCCUCCACAGAGCUGGUGGCAACAACCUAGCUCCCUGCUCCACCCCACAGAGGGCCAGGCCCUAGCCGGCCGGACACCACCACAGGCCCACGCUGCUACAACAAAUGCCAUUGUUUAUUUUGAUGUGUUUCCAAAAAUCAAAAUGUCCUCAAACACAACUAAGAUAAAAAAUACAGCAUAAAAUGAGAUUUAUACCUAUUUCCCACAUAAAGCGAAUUGUUUGGCCAAAACCAGUCAGUCGGUCAUGUUUUCCUUCCCUCCCAGCAGAAGCAGCAGCCCAACCCCAGUGCUGGCCCACCCUGGCAGGGCGGGGAGGCAGGAGCCCCAGGAUGGCUGAACUGGCGGUGACUGCACUUGGCCUCCUGCGGUCACCCCACUUGCUGCCAGCCAGCCAACUAACAGUGGCCACGGAGGGCAUGACAGUGGGUGUGGGCCAGGAGGCAGGCCUGCCAAGUUUGGAACAGAGUUAGAAGCCACUCUUCGUGCAGUGAGCAUCUGAGGGGUCAGAGGGAAGAACCCCAAUAAAUACUAGGGGGUGAGAAAGUGGGCCACCAGGGGGAGGGCUCAGGAGCACCCUGGGACAGCUGUGGCUGUGACAGGGUUGGUGGGCCCAGGCUGCAGAGCUGGGGGAGAGCGCGCGGCAGCAGGCGCCAGUCACACAGCCUCGGAUGGAUGGCUCGGGGGCAGAC